UUGGACUUUGGGAGUAACAGUAUUCUUUGGUUUUUGCGCAAGUUUAUCUCAAAGUUUUGGUCAAUUAUGUUUUAUGUUUGCCAUGUUGGGCUUUGGCGUUGGAGGAAAUUUACCAGUAGAUGGAGCGAUAUUUUUGGAAUUUGUACCAAAAGAGAAACAAUAUCUUCUUACAUUUUCGUCAGUCUUUUUCGAAAUUGGAGCCGUAUUUGCAUCUUUUAUUGGAUAUCUAAUCUUACCUUCAAACAGUUGUCUUGGAGAUGAAGUCAAAAUAGCAGCCUGUGAUGUCUCUAAAGAAAAUAAUGGUUGGAGAUACGUAAUCGUGGUACUCGGGAUAUGCAUACUAGUCAUGUUUAUUCUUAGAAUUCUGUUCUUUAGACUUUUAGAAUCGCCAAAAUUUUUAAUCUCGCAAAACCGACAACAGGAAGCAAUUCAUGUGUAUAAAGAAAUUGCAAGAAUUAAUGGAAAUGAAAAUGAACUCGAAAUUCAACUUGAUGAUUCAUUAUUCUCCAAUCAGAUUUCACUUCUUUCAUCGGAUACCAAGAUUUGUAAAUCCAGUCACAUGCUAUUACAUUUUAGACAAAAAUUUGUUUCAAAAUUUAAAGAUAUAGAACGUUUGUUCAGUAAAAAAUUGUUGACUACGACAUUAAUUGUAUGGAGCUCGUGGGGAUUAUUGUCGUUUGCUAGUUUAAUGUUUAUUCUUUAUCUACCAAAGUACCUUGAAGGUUUAGAAGAAAAUAAGUUGGGAGAUAAAGGUAAUAAUGAUGGUAGUGAAAUAAUUAGAGAUGGAUUGAAAAAUUUUAUAAUUUAUUCAGCAUGGGGAAUUCUCGGUGCAAUAAUGUCUUCUUACUUGGUUGAAACUACCUUGGGUAGAAAAGGUACCAUGAUUUUAGGUGCGAUCGGAACUUCUAUAUCAAUAUGUUUAUUUGCUAAUUUUCAUGAUCCUACUGGCAUAAUCUUAUUUUCCAUGAUCAUUGGAUGUUUAAAAUCUAUUAAUUGGGCCGUGAUUUAUUGUUAUACGCCCGAGGUUUUUGAUACUAAAGUUAGGGGAACCGCUUGUGGAAUUUCUUCUGUUUUUGCUAGAAUAACCGGUAUGAUUUCUCCUAUCGUUACCGGGAACUUAAUUUCGAUUGGUGUUACCGCACCUUUAUAUGUGACUUCUUUUGUUUUUGGCUUAUUAGCAGCCUUCAUAUUUAUGUUACCUAUUGAAACUAGAGGAAGAAGAGCUUAA